AUGGCCGAAUUCUUCUCUUCAACAACGCAACGACUCAGAGAUAUCAAAAGUCUACAACAAGGAGAUACCCAAAUGACAGAAUACAUCAAACUGUUAGAUCAAAUCGACCAAUACGCAGAUCAACAUAGACUAAACAACUAUGAAAGGGUAAUGUUAGUGCGAAUACGACAAGAACUGACUAGUGCCAUGUUGGAUAAUGGCAUGGAUUACAUGCAGAAUGUCAUGAGACGUAUGUAGAUCCACAUGAUGAUGUGGAUAAACAUGAUGAUAAUAGAGCCGAGCUGUUUUUCUGUAUAUAAUAAUAAAGUACUUAACUGUAAUAGUUAUUCGUUACUAAAUAUUCAGUCAAUCCCGAAAAAAUCGAAAUCAAAAACUACGUUUUGAAUUUCCCGCCAAAUUGGCAUUGUGUUUCAAGCUUAUUACUUUACCAUUUUUUGACUUUUACUCAUUUUUAUUUGAUAUACUAGUAGCGUAGCUUAUCUAUAGGCGAAAAAAGUGCUUGAAACACAAUGCCAAAUUUGCCAAGUAGGCGGGAAAUUCAAAUAUUUAAAUGUUAAAACUCAGGAACAUUCGAAUUUUCGGUCGAUUUUGGGAAAUGCAUUCCCAAAAACCAACCAUUUUUACCACCCAUUUUCUAGCUACCGGUCGGCCGAAUGUUGUUGGCAUUAGUCCCGAUCUUAGUCAUGAUACAGAUUGAAGUUCUAGUCAUAUGCAAGCGAAAUAAGCGCAACCAACAAGCCGUGGAUCGACCAGGCGGCGCGUGGAACAAAAAAUUCGACCGGACUGGUGCACCGACCAAGCAAGUGGUAGCAGGACUGCCGAACACCGAGCCUAGUGAGCGAAUUUCCAUGCACGGUAGUUGUCUGGAUGAUGCGUCGUCGGCGGCCAACUUCUUGAAGUCGGGCAUUGGAGCUGGACGUGCCGCGGAAUCCCAGAAGAAACGGGUGGCAUCGAAGGAUAAGGUGGAACAGACGCCAGGUGCGUCGUCGGAACUGGUUGAAGACAAAACCAUGGCUUCUACUACUUUAAAGGCUGUAAGUUUGGGUUAAAUUUGCAUGGCGAGUUAAAGCAAGGGUAGGAUAGGUUAAGUUAGUGUAGGGUAGGGUAAAGUAAGGUAGGGUAGAACAGGGAUAGAAACCUAAAAUUUUUUUUCUAAAUUGAUUUUGAAAAAACAACAGAAUUUUCAAAAAAAAUUUAAUUUUUAAGUUUUACUAAAUAAGAUUGUUAAGAUUGGACCAUCGCAUGUUGACUACUAUAACAUAAGUUCAAAGUUUUCGAAAAAAUAGAAAAAUGUUUAAAUUUUUUCGUUUAAAAAAUAAUUUUGAAUUCCAGAAGGACCCAUCGCACGAUGUCAUACUCGAGCCCACCCAAAUGUCAUCGAAGAAAAAGCGAAAGAACGACGACGGGGGGUCCUGCGACAAUCUGAUACAGGACACACAGUCAUCUUAUGCACCAUGA